AUGAUCGGCCGGCUGCUGAAUCUCGGCACCGGCGGUGGCGGCGCGGCCAGCAACCAUGACCAGGCGCCAAAUGGUGGUCCGCGUCCUUUGCUCUCGCUGGACUCUGUGCAGGAAGACAUACACACCCGGAAUCUUCUCUUUCCCGAUGCGCAAGCGCUUUAUCAACAUCGAAAUGACCAAGUUUUCCCCUUUUCUACGGCGCCUCCUACGCCAUCGACUGGCUCCGCAAGCACAUACGAUUACAACGACGAAGUCGACAUCGAUGUUCGCGAUGUGCGUAUUUUGAUUAUGCAAGAUAAUCUCGGAGCGACCUCUGCAUCCCUCUUAUUUGACAGUCACCCCGUAGCCGAGGUUGAUCGUACGGCGCCCAGCAACGAGGGUCGGAGAAAUCCAUUGUCUCCGCGCAGGGGCAGUGUGAGCCAGGCACGUCCCGUCUCGAUUCACACGGAGAGCACCCAAACGCAUUUCCGCCAAGGUGCUUUUGACCGACGUGGCUCCAUGCACGGGCGCAAUCAGAGCCAAGCGGAAACCGAGGCCCAAAGAGCCUAUCGUGAGUACCGGGAGGAGCUAGCCACCUUUUCGAGCUGCAUUUUCGGCAACUCUGAACUCAUGGCCUACAAAGGAACAUCCACCAAAGUACACGUGGUGCCUAGUAAUGAUACUCGCCCAAGUGAUGGUGUUUCUAGCAUCGGAGACGGUCGUAGUUCUAUCGGCCGUUCAAGCAUGCGCUCAAGCAAGCUUUCACAGUCAUUCUCUUCGCAAGCCAUGUCCCCAACUUUUGGCUCGAUGCCUCCUACGGCGAGUACCACGCCUCGCCAAAGUGAUCGCAAGAAGGUUCUGAUCACUCGCCUCUUCCCUGUCAACUUGGCACAUGAAGAAGUCGAGCCCAGUGUCACGCCGCAAAAUCGAUUUGCGGAUGACAGUGCUGGCUUCCCUUUCCCACCUACCAUCGACGAGGCCGCUACGCGCAAAAAGAAGAAGCAACCAAAGCAACGGCGCACUCCUAUGUAUGCUGUUGUUCUCGUUAUUCAACUGCCGCCUGCAACAUCGCGGCUUUCGUCUGCCGUACCUUCUAAAUCAGCAUUCCGCGAGCCAGGCUCAUAUAACGAGCAAGAGGUGUACUCCUCUUCGUACAACUCCGUACGUGCUGGUGGCGGUGGCUGGAAUAUGUUUGGAUCCGGCAUGCCCACCGACCCAAAUGAAUCGCCCUUUGCGCUGGAUGUCGAAGAUAGAAUCGACUCGUUGACCCAGCACUGGGACAUCAUCAUGAGAACGUUGACGCACCUCCAGUCCAUUUCCGCUACAAGAGUACAUCAGUUACUGAAGCAUGCCGACUCCGCAUCUCCUGGUCAGCAGGCGCCUAUGGUAACACACCAGAGCCAUUCUUCGAGAAAUGCCAAUAUGAACGACAGACGCAGUGUUGAACUUCCGAGAACCAAACCUGCUAAAAGCACUACCAAGUUGGUUUCUCUUUUGCCCAACUGCCUUGCGGGCGAUAUCGAUAUUGCUUUGGAGGUUGGACUCGCAAGAAGCAGAAUCGUCACGGGCCUAGGUGCUGCGCGCGUUCUCACAGGACAGGGACGCUGGGGCAUCUGGCGCGACGAGGCUAUCUGGACAGCAAAGUGGGCAGCAACCCUCAACAAAGGACCGUUCCUCUACAACGUUCUCACGGGGUUUCUUGCAACCCACAUGGACUGGCUCUCUGCCCUUUCUAGCCCUUCGUACCGCAGAAAGGCAGCCCUUCAAGCGCGCCAUAAGCAUGAGGAGGAUAUGUCUCUGCCUGCAAGAACAGUCAUCAUCUCCGAUGAUAAGAUGGCCGCCCGAAGACUCGUAUUUCUUCUUGCUGGCUUUCUGCCUGCCAAUCAGCAUAUGAACGCCCCGCGUGCACAUCGCGCAAGCACGUCAACCUCUCUAGGCCCGUACUCAAAUUCCCCGCCAACGUUCAUAGUCCCAGUCCUGCGGGAAGAGUCUCUUCGACGUAAGAUCAACCGCCGAACUGGGCUCAGGCGAGCAUCGCAUUCACGUGUGGGAAGCCAGAGCGCAAGAAACUCGACCGUCAUUCCUCAGCUCCCCCAGUUCGGUAUGGAUAGAAAUCACCAGAGACGCGCAUCCGAUGCCGCGUCUAUACGCACGACGAACCUACCCAUGGCUGGUAGCGAGCUAGGUACUAGGAAAAGCAGUGCUGCCACAACCGCAACCAUCACACAAGAGCCAACCAUGCCACACUUCACGAGCCUUCAGCGAAGUGAAAGUCACAUGCGGCAUCGCCCGGGAAGCAGCAGCAGCUUUGCAGCUGACGACCUGAAACGCUCGCUUAAGCGAGGCGAAAGCAAUGCAAGCGUCAGCACUACAAGUUCCCGCCCUCCCAGCUCUGGCCUCAAAUGGGGAAACCUGAUUGGUGGCUUCUGGACGGGACGACGAAGGGACUCUCUCGACAGCAAUACUACAAGUCAAACCAGCGAGCUUCGGUCGCCGAUUAAGCCAUCAUUCUCAAAGACCGAUAGGCUCGCCGAAAUGGUACAAGAAUCUGUGGUACUCGAAGAGACUAGCGAUCUACCCAGUGCGCCGUCUCCGCGAGCAUCUGUAGAUGCGCCGCCGACGAUGACGAGGCAGAGCACCGCGCACGCGAAACAACGGGCAUCUUUUUCACAGGCAGACCGAACCCCUGACCCGAACGGAGUGUUUGACUCUCCUGUGAAGACCUCAAUCAACCCGGAAGAUGGAAUCAUCGACGUCGAUGUGCCCUUUCCCGACUAUAUUGCAUCGUUUGAAUCUGCUAUCAGCUCGCCAUCAAGCAGCGGUUAUCUAUCUACGCCGGGACUACCUGGUAGCUUGGACUUCUUUGAGCAAUCAGCACGAAUCACCAUUGAUGGUGAUACGCCCUUGAACGCUGCAGGUUGGCUCAGCCGCUUUCAUCCCGAUUUUUCACUGCAAGCCAUUCUUCCGCAAGAUGGCCUUGUUGACAAGGUCAAGGCUGCGAUGCGAGCUGAGCCCACUCCAGCGCCGCUUCCAUCCCAUCAGGGUGGAAUGGAGGAGCGCUGGGUAGAGAUUAGCUCUACCAUCCUGGCUGACACUACUACAAACACCGUCACUCGCAUUCUAUAUCGCAGGCUGGUAAAGACUAGAGCAGGCACCGAGCUCCCUUCUUCGCAGCCAAUCAGCGCUCACACGCCCUCUGUUCUGCCUUAUGAAACCCAACUAGACGAGGAGUGGAUCGAAGAAGUCAUUCUUGAUGCUGACAAGUCCCUGGUUGAAGCCAUCGAAAAGGUUGUUAGCGCCAACCCCGAGGCUACCAAGGACACAGCCUCGACUGUGCCUAUACGAGCAGCCAGCGACUUUGGCAGCAGCGCCGACGUCACGCCCGAUUCGCUCUCGGAGACGACGGAGAUGGCCAACUCGUCCAGCGAUGUACCCCGGGUGCAAUGCAAGACCGUCAUGCUGUCUGCGCUAGAGGAUAUUAUCCGCGAAGUGAUUGACCAGCGAGAUGAAGACGGCGAUGUACCCAUCGGCGCACACUCGAGAAGGCGACCGAAUCUGCUUCGCGACGCAGUCAGAACGUGGGUCUCAAACCUUGAGACCACAGAGUAG